GGAGGAGGACGAGGGCGUCUCCUUCAGCGACCCCGAAGGCUACGUGGACGACAUCGAGGAAGAAGAGUUACUUGAAGACAUUCUGCAAGAGCGGCCUCAGGAAGCGGAUGGGAUCGACUCGGUGGUCGUUGUGGACAACGUCCCCCAGGUCGGGCCGGACCGUCUCGAGAAGCUGAAGAACGUCAUCCAUAAGAUUUUCUCCAAGUUCGGGAAAAUCACCAAUGAAUUUUACCCGGAAUCGGAUGGGCAGACUAAAGGGUACAUUUUCCUGGAAUACACGUCCCCCACCCACGCGCUAGAUGCCGUGAAAAACGCAGACGGCUACAAGCUGGACAAACAGCACACCUUCAGGGUCAACCUCUUCACUGACUUUGACAAGUAUAUGAACAUCAGCGACGACUGGGAGAUUCCCGAGAAACAGCCUUUUAAAGACCUGGGGAAUUUGCGUUACUGGCUGGAGGACCCAGAUUGUCGAGAUCAGUACAGCGUGAUCUUUGAAUCGGGGGACCGAACCACUAUUUACUGGAACGACGUCAAGGAGCCUGUCCCGAUCGAAGAAAGAGCUCGAUGGACGGAAACCUACGUCCGCUGGUCUCCAAAGGGCACCUGCCUGGCUACAUUCCAUCAGAAGGGCAUUGCUCUCUGGGGCGGGGAGAAAUUCAAGCAGAUCCAGAAGUUCAGCCAUCAGGGGGUCCAGCUCAUCGACUUCUCUCCCUGUGAAAGAUACAUGGUGUCCUUCAGCCCUCUGAUGGACACGCAGGAUGACCCUCAGGCCAUCAUCAUAUGGGACAUCCUCACGGGACAGAAGAAGCGAGGGUUCCACUGCGAAAGUUCGGCCCACUGGCCCAUUUUCAAGUGGAGCCACGACGGUAAAUUCUUUGCUCGGAUGACAUCCGAUGUGCUGAGCAUCUUCGAAACCCCCUCAAUGGGUCUCCUGGACAAGAAGAGCGUGAAAAUCAGUGGAAUCAGAGACUUUUCCUGGUCUCCGGGUGGCAACAUCAUCGCCUUCUGGGUGCCUGAAGACAAAGAUAUCCCCGCGAGGGUGACGCUGAUGCAACUGCCCUCCAGGCAGGAGAUCCGGGUCCGGAACCUGUUCAACGUGGUGGACUGCAAGCUGCACUGGCAGAAGAACGGGGAUUACCUGUGCGUGAAGGUCGACCGGACCCCCAAGGGCACACAGGGUGUAGUGACCAACUUUGAAAUAUUCCGCAUGAGAGAGAAGCAAGUUCCAGUCGACGUGGUAGAAAUGAAAGAACCCAUCAUAGCCUUUGCUUGGGAGCCAAACGGAAGCAAGUUCGCCGUGCUGCACGGGGAGGUGCCGCGCAUAAACUGCUCCUUCUAUCACGUGAAGAACAACGGGAAGAUCGAGCUCAUCAAAAUGUUUGACAAGCAGCAAGCAAACACGAUAUUCUGGAGUCCCCAAGGACAGUUUGUGGUGCUAGCGGGCCUCAGAAGCAUGAACGGUGCCUUAGCCUUCGUCGACACAUCCGACUGCACUAUGAUGAACAUCGCUGAGCAUUACACAGCCUCCGAUGUGGAGUGGGACCCCACCGGCCGAUACCUUGUGACAUCGGUGUCUUGGUGGAGCCACAAGGUGGACAACGCCUUCUGGCUGUGGACUUUCCAGGGUCGCCUCCUCCAGAAGAAUAACAAAGACCGAUUCUGCCAGUUGCUGUGGAGGCCCCGGCCCCCGACUUUGCUCACCCAGGAUCAAAUAAAGCAAAUCAAGAAAGACCUGAAGAAAUACUCCAAAAUCUUUGAGCAGAAAGAUCGCCUGAGCCAGUCCAAAGCCUCCAAGGAACUGGUCGACAGAAGGCGAACGAUGAUGGAGGAGUUCAGGAAAUACCGCAAGAUGGCGCAGGAUCUCUACCUGGAGCAAAGGAACGAACGGCUAGAGCUGCGAGGAGGAGUGGACACGGACGAGCUAGACAGCAACGUGGAAGAUUGGGAAGAGGAAACCAUUGAAUUUUUUAUCAAUGAAGAAAUUAUUCCCGUUACAGAGUCGGAGUAA